AUGUACAUAGACAAAUAUCCAAAUCAAUUAUUGGACAUGAACUUUGAUGUUCAACGUCCAAGAGUUUUAUUGGUUGAUUAUCAUUGGAUAUUUUUUGGACGAUGUCCAACGUCCAAAAAUUUUAUUG